AUGUCCUGGUUGGCAUCGGUCGUCCUUGCCAUUCUGCAUUCCGUGUACUGGCUGGUUAUUCGAUUGCAGUCCCUCCUUACUAUCAAGAAUGACCCAGAAUUCCUCACUGCAGAACGAAAGAAAGUCCCAAAACAUCUUGCCCUAUUGUUGGUAACGGACGAUGCUGUGGACGCCGAGGAAGCGGAAUCACUCUUGGCUGAAAGCGUCGAGAGGGCGGCAGCUUGGUGUCGCAAAGUAGGGAUUGCCAGGCUUACCGUAUACGACCGCGAAGGGAUACUGGAGAAGGCAUCCUUGGAUAUUCGCGAGCGUCUGCAAAAACAUCUCGACAUUUACUCAGUCGAAACUAAUGACGAGUUUGAACUCGAGUUCCCGCUCACACCUCCUUCUUCCGAAGACUCAGAUUCCCAACCAUCAACUCCCGACGCUGAGCAUUCACCUUUCGAACUGAACGUCCGCACACUACACGUUUCGGAUGCUGUGUCCAAAACGCACAAGAAAGCUCUUGGGGUCAAGACCACUCUCCGUCACCGUCGUUCAGAACAUGUAGGUAGAGAACCCACAGUUGCGCCCUUGACGGUACAUAUUCUCAGUCGUCAAUCCGGGAAGCCCGCUAUUUCACAGGUCGCGAGUGCGCUCCUGCACAAGCGUCGAACAGAUCUCCGAGAAAGCUGUCCUCCAGCAGCAAGCGACGAAUUCCCCAUGUUCACCGAACGGGACCUCAAUGACAUAUUGGAAGGCAAAGAAGGGUUCCCAUCGCCGGAACUCAUGAUCAUCUAUCGUAUUUCCCCAAGAACCGCCCGAAUGCCACUAGAGCUUCACGGGUUCCCGCCGUGGCAAAUCAGACUCACAGAAUUUUACUUUGAUGAACUGCCAAACAAAUGGAGAUGGUGGCGACCAUCAGAGAGCGGCGCCAGUGGAGCGGGCCAACCGUUGCAAGAAACGACGUUUCGGCGGGCACUGGACGAUUUCGCAGCCGCCGAGAUGCGGCUUGGAAAAUAG